AUGAUCGUUGUGGCCAUCGCAGCUUUCCUGAUCCUGAUUGGAGCCUGCGCAGCAUACAAUCCUGUCGGAAAUCGUAUGAUGAAAGAAGGCUUCUGCAUACUGAUGAAGACAACGUCCCAGCAGCAGUUGGAUGAAUGCCUACUUGGAGCGAGGCAAGAACAAGAUAUGAGAUUGAUCCAGGAGGGAUUCGUGACCUUCGGAGAAAUGGAAAGAGGCACGCGGUUGAUCAAUGAAGCCAUCAAGGAGAGCAUUGAGAAUACUUUCGCAAGGAUGAGUGUCGUGACUAGUCUCGACUUGUCAAGAUCAAGGUCGACCGCUAUGUUGACGUCGUGUACUACUUUCUGGUGAAGUACCGUGUCACGGUACCCACCGAGGACAUCCUCUUCUUCAUGGAGGGCUUCCCCAACGAGCUCUAUCCGCUCUCGGUUCUUCGGGUGACUCCGCCCAUCGUACCCCGUCGUUUGUAAACUCUGUCAGUAAUAAACCGUAUGCUGUUAAUCGUUUUAUUUGUGUAAAAUGUCGAACAGUUGUAUUUAGUGAAGCUCUGCGAUAGUUGUGGUUAGUCUCGGCUGGGAUUUCACUUGUGCUUUGACAAUUUGGGCUUAGGUCCUUCAACGAUUGGUUCGUUCUUUUGUGGUUCUUCAUGAAGUACUGUCUCUUCUUGCAUUUCGUUGGAGAUGUUAUCUACCAUGGUGUAUGGGCAGAUGGAGAUGUGGUAAAUGUGGUAUCGUUUUCCGCAUUCGACGUGUUUGCAAAGCAGUUGUGAAUUGCGCAAAUUACGGCAGUUGGUUGGGUGGUGGCUGUCCGAGGUCAAACAGAUGCGACAGAUGUGGAGUCGUGAUGUUUCUUGUAUUUUGUUGAGUUGAGGGAUCACGUUGCAAUCCGAAGUAGGAUGUUCUUUCUUGCAGAAGCGACAUGUUGGUGGUCCGCGUUUGGGACGGCGAAGUUCACGAGCGGCUUGUUCGGUUAAUGCCUUGAGUUGCCAGGUGACAGCUUGUCUCUUGGCUUCGUCUAGAACUUCUUGGGCCAUUGAGCGUUUGGACAUGUUGCAAACAGUUGGGUUUGAUGUGUUGUGUUCUGUAAACACUUUGUUGGGUUUUGUAUGUAGGGAGGGUGAUACGAUAAUUAUGCGACAUAGAAUUGAGUGAGUGUUAGUUACGUGGAAAAUUGUUUUGAAAAAUGGGUGUCUUCUGAUUAGUUUGUGUAUGGCAACUAUUGAGAUCAGUGGUUUUUGUGGAUAAUCGAUGGUCGUUGUUGUUAUCUGCGGAAUCUUCGUCCUCCUAUCAGGAGUCUGGUGAUUGCAGGUAGGCAACACAUGUAGAUUGCUAGUCCUGUUAGGAUGAUCAUGAUUAUCAUGGAUACAAUUUCCACUGCUCCUUUUGUAAUCGUAUCAAGUAUGCUUCGAAGAUCUGGUAGUUGCCAUGGGUGUAGAUCUAUAAUAGAUUUUUCAGAGUUUAUAAUUUGAUUGAAGUAUUCAAUUAUUGACCCAUGAGAUACAAACAUUAAUUUUUCUGUGAUUUUGAACGUGUUGUUUUUAGAGCCACAGUUGCGCAGGCGGGAAUGCCCAACAAAGGGAUGGUGGGUGAAUUUCAAUGUGCAACCUAUCAAGACGCUCUAAACUUCCGAUGUGGAUUCGAUGAGCAUUUGUGCAGUUGCAUCGCGCAAGGAACCGUGCUCAGAUGUCCGUGUGGACACAUUCACCUCGAUGCGGUGCUCAAGAAGACGCUACUACCGAGAAGUGAAGCAGGGAUCGCCAUACUAACGGAAGGAGGACUGAUCAAAACGAAGCUGACAACGAGUUCUUUGGUUUCGAUUCAACUACAGUUCAGGAAUCAAUCGAUUCAUCGGAUCGUGAAAGACGACAACUGCAGCAUUGCAACGACGACGAUCACGGGUUGCUUCUCCUGUGGAAAAGGAGCGUUGUUGACUGCGACGUGUACCUCCAUGGUUCACAAAAGGAUCGAAGCGACAGUCAAGUGCCCGACGAUUGGAGUGGAUUUUCUAGAAUGCGGUAUCAACGGAGUGCGAGGGAAAAUCAAUUUCCAUUCGACCCAGCGGAAGAUCGAGGAAACUUGUUCCAUUUCGUGUGGAACAGUUAAGCAGGAAUUCUCCUUGCAAGGAGAACUGGCGGAAGAAGCAACGUUCGAUGCGUCUGGACUUCGGGAUCGGUUUGCGGAAUUCACUCAGAAGAUCGGGGAAGGAGGAAGUUUCGACUUCAUCACGGGAAAGAUAGCUGCCGUUUGGAGCACCAUCACUUCAUGGAUCGGCUCGGGAAUCGUCAUCAUGGUUGUGCUGGUUAUCGGAGGAGUAUGUUGUGUCCAGUGUGUCGGAGGAACGUCGGUUGGCUGGCGUUACAUUCCCUUGGCCCGGGAGUGUCGCAGAUCGAGAUAUCGACGCCUUAGGAGAUGAUCAAUGACCACAGAACAGAGCAUUCCCAUCGACUCUCACGAUAAUAAUAACCAUCCCCAUUCCUCACCGUUCCCAGGCACAUUCACGGUGAUUCGAUUAGCGGAACUCCGUUAAAUACCCCUGAAUCGCUGUUCUCAGGAUAUGCUCUUCUAUUCUUUCUUCUACUUUCUACAUUCUUCGACUUCUACGAUUCCUUCCGAAUAAAUCGUUACACCAUAGCCCGCACCUGUUUGCUCUUUCUCCAAAACGAUUCCAGUGGAGAUCUUCCAAUAGUGUCUCAUUGCCGUAUGAUCGAGAUUGGCCAUAGAUUGUUGCCAUGUUUGUCCUAAAAACUUAAUGUUUUGUAGUGAACGAGAGGAUUGCUAAAGUAUUGUCCCUUCAGGACCCGGUGGAUCAGUUCUACUACAUCAAGAGGAUCAAGUUCGGAUGGCCCGAGAAUACAAUGACUUGGACGGUGAUUGGUGGAUGA